AAAAAUACAUAAGGUAAAAUUAUAUUUAGAGAAUUCUUUUUUUUUUUGCUUACUAUUUUAAAAUGUCUUCUUUUUCUUAUUUGAUCUUCUAGCUUGGAAUUCCUAUCAGACCCAUCGUUUCUGCGCUAUAUGCACCAGUAAAUUUAAUUUCAAAAUUUUUGUAUAAACUUUUAUCACCGAUCUAUCUACAAGUGGCUCAUGAAACGACAGUGAUUAAUAGUAUUCAUUGGGUUCGUAAAUUAGAAAAAUAUGCAGCUGAUGGAUAUCUUAAAUCAACAACAAAAUUUAUUACAGCAGAUGUUGAAAAUCUUUAUACGAUGGUACCAAGAGAAGGUGGUAUUGAUGCAUUAUUACGAUUUUUAGAAAAAUAUUCAAAACAUGGCAAGAUAGGUCCAUUUAGUACAGAUAUGAUAAUGAAAAUGACUCGUCUCAUUUUGGACACUAACUAUUUUGCAUAUAUAAAUAAAUAUUAUAAACAAACUCGUGGUGGAGCUAUGGGUUCUGCCUUUACUCAAGUAUAUGCCAAUAUAUAUAUGUUAGAAUGGGAACAGAAUUUAAUUGAAUAUCAAGCAUCAAAGAAUGAAAUUUAUGGAAGGUAUAUUGAUGAUAUUUUUAUGACUACCAGUGAACCAUAUGAUGUAAUCACAGCCGUACUUCAACAAGCACAAAAACAAGAUGUUAAUAUUAAAAUAAAUCCAAUUAUUAGUAAUUCCGUUAAUUUUCUCGAUAUUACUAUCACCAAUACAAAUGGACAACUUACAACAUCAAUCUAUCACAAGCCUACAGCUGAUCCUUAUUACUUACCAUAUAAAUCAGAUCAUCCACAUAGUAUUCAUCGCAAUAUACCAUAUACUGCCUUAGUACGUGCAGCACGUCUUUGUUCAAAUCUUCAUGAUUUUCAUAGGGAACGUUUAAGAAUUCAUGUAUCCCUAUUAUUAAAUAGUUACCGACCACAUUUUAUCUCAAAUCACUUUCAACGAUUCUUUCAAGUACAUAAGGCUGAUCUUCUAUAUAAAUACUUCGAUGAAAGCACCUAUUCUCAAUUACAUCGACAAUUACUAUAUCAAACUUCGAAGCGUGAACGAGAAGAACAAGCUAUGAAAAAUGAUCCUGUUCUCUUUCCACCAGCAUUACAACAGCGACCAUGGAAUCAACGGCUAAUAUGGUGGAAAAAACAUUAUCAAUCGCCAGGAUCAGAAGCCAACUGCAUACAACUUCGAAUCAUUCCUCGAACAAAUCGAUCAUUACAAAAUUAUCUUAUACGCAAAAAGCCAAGCAAACGUAUUCUCACCAAAAUGGACACAAACACAUAG